GGCGCAUGCGCGCUGGGACGCGGUUCGGCGUCUGUUGCGGGAGCCGCGGAGUCUCCCGAGCGCCCCCCGGAACUGCCGCUCGCGGCCCGGCCUCCCUGGGCGCCCCGCGGCCUGGUCGUUGCGCCCGCCGCCCGCCGCCCCGCUCCGCGCCCCCUCUGCGCCCCGAAGCCGCCGUCAUGAGCCCCAAGCUGCGGCCGUCGCGUCCGGCGCGGUGGCCAGCGCGGCCCCUCGGGCUGCCGCUGCUGCUGCUGCUGCUGCUGCUGCUGGGGGCGGCCCCGGGCCCGCGUCCCGGCGCCGCCUUCUACCUGCCCGGCCUGGCGCCCGUAAACUUUUGCGCCGAGGACAAGAAGAGCGACGAGUGCAAGGCAGAAAUCGAGCUCUUUGUGAACAGGCUUGACUCCGUGGAAUCUGUUCUUCCUUACGAAUAUACUGCGUUUGAUUUUUGCCAAGCGUCAGAAGGAAAACGCCCAUCUGAAAAUCUGGGCCAGGUAUUAUUUGGAGAAAGAAUUGAACCAUCGCCAUAUAAGUUUAUAUUUAAUAAAAAAGAGACCUGUAAGCUUGUGUGUACAAAAACGUACCAUACCGAGAAAGCUGACGACAAACAGAAGCUGGAAUUCCUGAAAAAAAGCAUGUUGCUCAACUACCAGCACCACUGGAUUGUGGAUAACAUGCCCGUGACAUGGUGCUAUGAUGUUGAGGACGGUCAGAAGUUCUGCAACCCCGGGUUCCCGAUUGGCUGCUACAUCACGGACAAAGGCCAUGCCAAGGAUGCCUGCGUCAUUAAUUCUGAAUUCCAUGAGAGAGAUACUUUCUACAUCUUCAACCAUGUUGACAUCAAAAUCCACUACCACGUUGUUGAGACUGGGUCCAUGGGGGCAAGACUCGUGGCUGCAAAGCUUGAACCCAAAAGCUACAAACACACCCACGUCGAUAAGCCCGACUGCACCGGACCCCCCAUGGAUAUAAGCAACAAGGCUUCUGGCGAGAUCAAGAUCGCCUACACAUACUCUGUCAGCUUCCAGGAAGAUAAGAACAUCAGAUGGGCGUCGCGGUGGGACUACAUCCUGGAGUCCAUGCCGCAUACCCACAUCCAGUGGUUCAGCAUCAUGAAUUCCCUGGUCAUUGUCCUCUUCCUGUCGGGCAUGGUGGCCAUGAUCAUGCUGCGGACGCUGCACAAGGACAUCGCCAGAUACAACCAGAUGGACUCCACAGAAGAUGCCCAGGAGGAGUUUGGCUGGAAGCUCGUCCACGGCGACAUCUUCCGUCCGCCCAGGAAAGGGAUGCUGCUCUCCGUCUUCCUGGGGUCAGGGACGCAGAUUCUCAUCAUGACUUUCGUGACUCUGUUCUUCGCAUGCUUGGGGUUCCUGUCCCCUGCCAACCGAGGUGCUCUGAUGACCUGCGCUGUGGUCCUCUGGGUGCUGCUGGGCACACCUGCAGGCUACGUGGCUGCCAGGUUCUACAAGUCCUUUGGAGGAGAAAAGUGGAAAACAAAUGUUUUAUUAACAUCAUUCCUUUGUCCUGGCAUCAUGUUCGCCGACUUCUUCAUCAUAAACCUGAUUCUCUGGGGCGAGGGCUCUUCGGCAGCCAUCCCCUUCGGCACGCUGGUGGCCAUCCUGGCCCUGUGGUUCUGCAUCUCGGUGCCUCUGACCUUCAUCGGUGCCUACUUUGGCUUCAAGAAGAACGCCAUCGAGCAUCCGGUUCGGACCAAUCAGAUCCCGCGGCAGAUCCCCGAGCAGUCCUUCUACACCAAGCCCCUGCCGGGCAUCGUCAUGGGUGGCAUCCUGCCCUUCGGCUGCAUCUUCAUCCAGCUCUUCUUCAUCCUCAACAGCAUCUGGUCCCACCAGAUGUAUUACAUGUUCGGCUUCCUGUUCCUGGUGUUCAUCAUUUUGGUCAUCACGUGCUCUGAGGCCACGAUCCUUCUCUGCUACUUCCACCUGUGUGCAGAGGAUUACCACUGGCAGUGGCGCUCGUUCCUUACCAGCGGCUUCACUGCGGUUUACUUCCUGAUCUACGCGAUCCACUAUUUCUUCUCAAAACUCCAGAUCACAGGCACAGCCAGUACAAUUCUGUACUUUGGCUAUACCAUGAUAAUGGUCUUGAUCUUCUUCCUUUUUACAGGAACAAUCGGAUUCUUCGCGUGCUUCUGGUUUGUCACCAAAAUAUACAGUGUGGUGAAGGUCGACUGACAGAGCCCAGCCUGCCCAGUUAAAACAGAAAUAAAUCAAUUCUUCAUCAACAGAGACCUGGUUUUGUGACUCCCUUGAGUUUUAUCAGACAUAUCGGCCUAGUAAUCCUUCAGAAAAAAACCUAAUUCGAAAUAACACCUCUUCCCACACACCCGUCCCCACCAAACUGUGUUUUCAACACUCAGACAUUUGUAUUGUGAUCUGAUUAAGUAUAUAUUCAGUUGUUCUCAGUGGAGAGCAAAUUUAAAUAUUAUGUGCAUUUGUAAAUACAAUAGCUAUACAGUUUUCCAUCCUAAUGCAGAUAGAGGUGGUCAUAUUCAGUGAAAUGCAGGACUGUUUGUUGUAAAUAGGAUUUUCUAGGCUCUGGAGGCAGAAAGAAUUAUUUUUCUUUGAAGGAAAUAACUUUUUAUCAUGGUAAUUUUGAAGGAUGAUUCGUAUGAUAUGUUUAUGGGGGUGUGGCUUUAAAAAAAAAACUCUUGUAUUGGUUGUAACUGUAUCUUUUCUGUGUUGACUACAUUAUUCCCGUGGAUUGGCCUUUUAAACUAUGUGCCUCUGAGUCCUUCACUUUAUAAAUUUGUUAUCUUAAUAAAUAUUGUAAAAACGUC